AAAUCCUAGCUGUUACUAAGUUACCGGGGUAACGCUAAAGAAGCUGUAGCAAGAUGGCGAAAACGCAGCGAAAACUGCAAUAAUAUCGCUCUUAAUGCUAAAAGUACAAGCCAGGAAUAGUAAAUAGGCGUCAGUAAAAAGCACACAACACGUCUCAGCAAAGAUGGAGGAUGAAGAGACAACGUUGGCUUUAAUCCGGUACUACUGCUAUGAAAAGUGUUUUAACCACGCUGUCAACGCUGCAGCAGCUGCUCAGAGGAAGUACAAUGCUCCUAUCUACAGCUUUUUUCAUGCAUAUGGCACCCUUAUGCAAGAUCAAAUUCAAGAAGCCUCGGUAGAGCUGGAGACGAUAAGAGAUAGUCGAGAUGUGUCUCUCUGCACAUUAAUGGCCCUCGUCUAUGCUGAGAAGAAAAAGACAAACCCAGACAGAGAAGUAAUUCAAGAACUUGACGCUAAAGUCAAAGAGGAUCGUAAAAGUGCAUCUCCCAAGAGUCUGUACUAUGCCGGGAUGUUUCUCUGGCUAUUAGGGCGAAAUGAUAAGGCGAGGGAGUACACAGAGAGAAUGAUCAAACUCUCCAAUGGCUCCAAAGAGGGGAUUAUCCUAAAAGCAUGGAUAGAUGUGACAUCUGGUAAAGACGCCUAUGCCAGAAAGGCUGGAAAAUACUUUGAUGAGGGCUUGAAAGAGAGACCAGAUGUUUUCGCCCUGAUGGGGAAGGCACAAUAUUAUGAAUAUCGUCAGAACUACUCUGGAGCAUUGGAGAUGGUUAAUCAGGUCAUUGUUAGUUUCCCUGGGUUUUUGCCCGCCCUCAUCAAGAAGAUGAAACUGUUGCUCAGCCUUCAAGACUGGGAGCAAACCAUAGAUGCAGCAGUCAGGCUUUUACAGAAGGAUAAAAAUAAUCCGGAGGCACUACGGAUGCUAGCGCUACAUUCUUUAUGUAGAGAUGGAGAUAUUGCUGAGUCAGUAAAGCAUCUUUCAAACCUCAUCAGUAGCUUGGAGAUCCUGGAACCGCACAACCCUGAGCUUUUCUACAGGAUGUCUCUAGCUUUCACCCGCAUUUGUGGACGAAAUGAGAAAGUGAUUGAGCAAACAUUUAGGAUGGUGGAAAGAGCCUUCUCUGUGGCAUCGGGGGACUCAGAUUUAGCCACAGAGUUGGGCUACCAGAUGGUGCUACAGGGCAGAAUGAAGGAGGCUAUGAAGUGGUACAAGACUGCCAUGACUUUAGAUGAGACAAGUGUUUCUGCUUUGAUGGGUAUAAUUCGUUGCCAGCUGAUAGAGGGCCACCUUGAAGAUGCAGAGCAACAGUUGGAAUUUCUCACAGAGAUUCAACAAUCUAUUGGAAAAUCAGGGGAGCUCCUUUACCUGCGUGCCGUUCUGGCAUUAAAAAAGCGUAAGCCCCAGGAAGAGGUGACCAAUCUGUUGAACGAUGCAGUGGACACACACUUCUCCAGUCUGCAGGGACUGCCUCUGGGAGUGGAGUAUUUCGAGAAGUUGAACCCUGACUUCCUGUUGGAGAUUGUCAAAGAGUAUCUUGCACUGUGUCCUGCUAAGCCUCCAGCCCAGGGCCAACCUCCUACUCCUCAGCUCCAGCACUGUGCCACAUUGUUGGAUACUGUCAUCAAAAUUGUGCCAGGUCUCCCUCAAGGGGUCUUCCUGCUCGCCAAAGUCAGAUAUCAAUCUGGUUACAUUGACGCUGCUCAGAGCAGUCUGCAACAUUGUCUGGAGCAGUGUCCUUCUUAUGCAGAUGCUCAUCUACUAAUGGCACAGAUCCAUCUGCUGCAGGGUAAUUUCACAUUGUGUUCCCAGUCUCUUGAACUCUGCCUCAGCCAUAACUUUGAGAUCCGUGAACAUCCGUUAUACCACUUGAUCAAGGCUCAGGCUAUGAAGAAAACAGGUGAGCUGACGGAGGCUAUUCAGACACUACAGAUGGCCAUGAGUCUUCCAGGUGUCCGCAGGGCUGGAUCCUCGUCCAAAUCCAAAAACAAGAAGAUUGAGCUGAGUCCUGCUGAUUGUGUCUCUGUGUUCUUGGAGUUAGCCGAGGCCCUGUGGCUCAAUGGAGAACAGCAUGAAGCAGCAAAGGUGAUGCAGGACGCCAUCAAUGAGUUCUCAGGAACCCCUGAGGAGCUACGUGUCACUAUUGCCAAUGCGGAUCUGGCCCUGCUGCGUGGUGACACCGAGCUGGCACUGAGUAUGCUCCGAAACAUUACCCCCGAGCAGCCCUACUACAUCCAAGCCAAGGAGAAAAUGGGAGACAUAUACCUUAACCACAGAAAAGAAAAACGUCUGUAUGCAAGCUGUUACAGAGAAAUGGUGGAGAAGCUGCCCAGCCCUCACACAUACCUCUUACUAGGUGAUGCCUACAUUAACAUUCAAGAGCCAGAGAAAGCCAUUGAGGUUUAUGAGCACGCUCUCAAGAAAAACCCCAAAGAUGGUGCUUUAGCCAGCAAGAUUGGAAAGGCCCUGGUCAAGACUCAUAACUACAUCAAGGCAAUAAAUUAUUAUGAAGCAGCCCUGAAGACCGAGCAACAGAACUUCCUGCGCUAUGACUUGGCUGAGCUGCUGAUGAAGAUGAAGCAAUACGAACGCUGUGAGAGAGUCUUGAAUGAAGCUCUGGCACACGAACAAGUAAAUGAACUGCAGGCUCUCUCAGAUGAUUGCCGAUAUUUGGUCCUGUUGGCAAAGAUCCAAAAUAAGGUUGAAAAAAAUGAAGAAGCUUUAUUUUCCCUACAGAGAGCACGGGAUGUGCAGGCCAAGGUGCUGAAGCGGGUGCAGUUGGAGCAGCCCGACGCCGUCUCCGUGCAGAAGCAGCUUGCUGCCGAGAUCUGUGCCGAGAUCGCUAAACACUACACAAGUCAGAGGGGCUAUGAGAGAGCAGUCAAAUUCUACAAAGAAGCUCUUGUGUAUUGUGAGACUGAUCGCAAGGUGAUGCUCGAGUUGGCACGGUUGUACCUUACUCUAGAUGAUGUGGAUGCGUGCCAGCAGCAAUGCAGCAUCAUUCUGAAGAAUGACCAGUUCAAUGAAGAUGCGACUCUGAUGAUGGCUGACAUUAUGUUUAGGAAGCAGGACUAUGAACAGGCAGUUUUCCACUUCCAACAACUCCUGGAGCGCAAACCAGACAACUACCUAACACUGUCACGUCUGAUUGACCUGUUGAGAAGGGCCGGGAAGUUGGAAGAAGUUCCCAGAUUCAUUGAUAUGGCAGAAAAACAUUCUCCCAGGACAAAGUUUGACCCUGGGUUCAACUACUGCAAAGGACUUUAUCUUUGGUUCACAGGAGAACCUAACGACGCCCUGCGCCACUUCAACAAAGCUCGCAAAGACAACAAUUGGGGUCAAAAUGCCGUUUAUAACAUGAUCGAAAUUUACCUAAACCCUGACAAUGACACCAUGGGAGGAGAAGUAUUUGAGAAUUUAGAUGGUGAAAUUGGGAACUCCACAGAGAAGCAGGAAUCUGAGCAGCUCGCUGUGAGAACAGCCGAGAAGCUGCUGAAGGAGUUAAAGCCUCAGACACCAGGCGGACACACACAGCUCCGCAUCCUGGAGAACUACUGCUUUCUGGCCACUAAGCAGAAGGCCAAUAUAGAGAAAGCCCUCAGUGUUUUCACAGAGAUCGCAAACAAUGAGAAAGACCACGUGCCGGCACUGUUGGCCAUGGCGACAGCUUAUAUGAUGCUAAAACAAACUCCCCGAGCCAGGAACCAGCUCAAACGCAUAGCUAAGAUGAACUGGAGCAUUCUCGACGCCGAUGAGUUCGAGAAGAGUUGGCUGCUCUUGGCAGACAUCUACAUCAAUUCGGGGAAGUAUGACAUGGCCGGGGACCUCUUAAAGAGAUGCCUCAAUCAUAACAAGUCGUGCUGUAAAGCUUAUGAAUAUCGUGGCUACAUAAUGGAAAAAGAGCAGGCAUUCUGUGAUGCAGCACUCAACUAUGAACUGGCUUGGAAAUAUGGAAAUCGGACUAACCCAACUAUUGGAUACAAGCUUGCGUUCAACUAUUUAAAAGGAAAGAGGCAUGUCGACGCCAUAGAUGUGUGUCAUAAGGUUUUGGCUGCUCAUCCAAAUUAUCCAAGAAUGAGAAAGGACAUCCUGGACAAAGCUCGUGCUGCCCUGAGAACUUAGUGUCGGCACUGUGUGUGUGUGUGUGUGUGUGUGUGUCAGAGAGAUAUGAAGCCACACAAUUGUUUUUUUUUUUUUUACUGUUGAAUUUAAAGACUGUGCAGUGAUUUGUAUCCCCCCUCCCCCCUGGAACACAUUGCUAUGUAAAUUGCUUUGAGUAUAUGAACAGUUGGGUGCUGGCAAUCCUGAGGGAAAACACAGAGCUGAGGGGUUCAGGCAUGUGCUCAGCUGGAAGCAUUUUUUUUUUCUUUCUUUCUUUCCUCUCAAAGCCAACCAAGCAUAAAGGCAUUAAAACAAAGUGGUCACUUUCUAAAUUAAACCCAAUUUUCCAGAAAUGUGUGUGUUACAGCCUGUUUUUAUUUUGAUACAUAACAAUCAUAUUGUCUUUAAAAUAAUUCACUGUAGUGAAAUGUUUUAUCUUGUGAUUCAUAUUAUUAAAGGAUGGAGAUAAAUAAAAAAUGUUUGUUACUGUAAAGACUAUAUUUGAAAA